AUGGUCAUCACCACCGCGGCAAAACCUCACCCUUUCUCGAUAGAAAACAUCCUGAAAUCAGCCUCUCCCAAACCCCAGAAACCCCUCUUCUCCUACAACGCUCUUAUUGCUAUGGCUAUCUCACAAAGCCCCCAGAAGAAGCUGACCUUAUCGGAGAUAUACGAGUUCAUUAUACAGACUUUCCCGUACUACAGGGAUAAUAAGAAGGGAUGGCAGAACAGUAUCCGACAUAAUCUCAGUCUCAACAAGUGCUUUGUUAAGGUUCCCAGACAUUAUAACGACCCUGGUAAAGGUAACUACUGGAUGCUCAACCCCAACUCGGACGAAGUUUUCAUCGGAGGAAAGCUGAGAAGGCGCCCAGGACAGAACGGGGGGAGUUUGGAAAGUUAUAUGCACUUAAAAACCCGGACAUCACCCUACCAGAGAUCGGAAACAGUUUGUAAACGGGACAGGAUAGUUUACCUCGCUAACAGUGGAAAUUCCGUGGCAAACUGCCAGUUUUACCAGUCAGCACCACCCUCCAGUUCCCCUAAUUCUCUGACCAGAACCACGUUACCCUCACACAGCUCCUCCAACACACUGACCUUCCCUCCGCAAAGUUAUAUCCAGACUAUGUCUCCCAACCUAAGUCCAGUGAGGUUAACAGGAAACAACCAGAUCACCUCACCCCGACAGACAAUGAUCCCUUCAUCCUCGCUACCUCUUCUAACCUCACACAGAUCUCCCAACACAUCAUCUCUACCUCUCCUAACCUCACCUACCUCCCUGCAGAACAACCUCUCGUCCCCUCCCCUCUCAUCUCUCUCCACCAACUUACCCUCGCCUCCGCUGAGCAGUUCCGAUGUGCUCAUGUCACCUUUCCUGAGACACAACGUCGAGUACAGCUCCCAGAACUUUCUAGAACACAUGAUAAGAAUCAGGGAACAAGUGCAAAAAUCUGGACAUUUUUCGGUCGCUGAGCCAAGAGGACUUAUCUAUCAGCCAAUUCCAAGAAAAUCUUUGUAAUAUUCUAUUGAUUCGCGUUUGAUAAGCUUUUAUGCUGGUAGCUGCUGUUUGAAGCUUGAAAAUUUCCAGUAUACUGUAAGUCUAAGCUUGUCCUUAGUUUGACGUAAUUUUAUGAAUUAUGUUCGUUUUGGGUGUAGAUUUAUCAGUUUUAUGAUACUGUUAAAGGCAGCUUAGUGGUUAAUAUUUUAGUAAUUUU